AUGAGUGGUUUACGCAAUACUCUGAAGGGUGGCUGGCACCCUGAAGGCAAGGAAGGUGGGAAAGAGAGCUGGCGUGGUGAUUUCAAAGGCAUUAACCAAGUGGCCGGUUGGAUGGGAAAGGGCAAAGAAGGUGCAUCCUCCGGCUCUGGACAGGGUCCCUCAUCGCAGGGGGGUCUUAGGGGCCAAGUGGCUGGCUGGAUGGGAAAGGGCAAUGAGUCCAACACCGACCGCUCUGAUCAUGUCUCACAACCAUUGUCAACCUUAAAAGACCCCUCUUCCUUUGGGCCUCCUCCCAAACAUAUUAAGUACCAUGGAACAGCCGCUGUGCCAAAUCAGAUCAACGCCCAGAAUCCCCACCAACGGGAAGUCGCCGCAGCAGAGGAGGAACAGUUCCAAAAGCCCGCACCGCCUCCGGUCCCAUAUCGUGUCGACACAAGCGGCCUUUCUACAGACAAUCUCCCUCCACCACCAGUGCGACGGCUGGACUCUGCAAGCUCCGCCUCAACAAGCUCAAUCUCAAAGCAAAAGCCACCAAAGCCCCCGCCACGACUUCCUGCCCGUAAUGGAUCCCCCAUCUCCGACCCGCCCCCCGCUUAUUCCCCUGCCCCGGUACUCUCCCACGAUUAUAUCAAUCAAGAUGCUACGUCCCGCCUAGCAAACGCGGGCGUCUCCGUUCCCGGAUUUGGGAUCGGCCAGGAGAAAUCUUCGUCGCCUGCACAUACGCCUGUCAACGAGCUACAGUCGCGCUUUUCCCAGAUGAACACCUCGGGAUCUCCCUCAGUACCCACCCCGCCUGCUCAGGCCUCGACGAAGAUCGAGCCGCAGUCUGUGAGCAGCACUUCUUCUGUCCAGAACUUCCGCGAGCGCCACGCAGAUACCAUCGAUUCGGGAAAGCAGAAAUACGGUGAUUUCCGUGAACGUCAUGCAGAUACCAUUGAUUCGGGAAAGCAGAAAUAUGGUGACUUCCGCGAGCGCCACGCAGAUACCAUCGACUCGGGCAAACAGAAGCUGAGUGGCUACGCGUCACGGCUCACUGGCUCUUCCCCAGCAGCGCCUAGUCCACCGGCCCGGCCCGCGUCGAAUAAUUCUAGUAUGAACUUGGAACCGGCGGAGCCCGCGCGGGGCACAUCCUCUGUGCAAGAUUUCCGUGAACGCCAUGCCGACAAGAUCGACAUGGGUAAAGAGAAGUGGAGUGGAGUCACAUCGCGCUUCAACACAUUUGUGGAGGACCGCAAGUUCUCCGCCGAAGCCAACAAGCGGGUCCCACGCCCACCUUCUCGUCCCGUCUCCAUGGCCCAGUCGAACUCUCCGGCGUCAUUCCCAGAGCCCGAUAUCCAGACUCAAGCCCAACGCAAGAAGGCCCCUCCGCCCCCUCCACCCAAGCGGGCUGACUUUCGUGCAUCCCCUGUUGACGCUUCGUCACCAUCACCUCUGGGGCCUCCUCCCAUUCCCCAUAACACCAAGCCCCGCUAA